AUGUACCUGCGUUUAUUAAAAAGGAAGCUGACAUUCUUUUUAGGAUUUUUUAUUGGAUUUAUAAUUACACUCUACUUAGCUUCUAUAUUCAACAAUUGUAAUUACAAAGACUGCCAUGGUAAAUCAUUGAAAUUAAAAAAUAAAAACACAUUUGUAGUAAACAAAAAAUUGACGAUACGUGGUGUGAAAUCAUCAGACCGAGACAUCAAUUUACCAGAAGAUGAUUUUAUUGAAGACCCUCAAAAAAUUAAGUACCAAAAAUGGCUGAGAGGAUAUAAUAUUACCCUAUCAAAAAUCAACCUGGACCAUCAAUACUACGGCUCAUUAUUCGAGAGUAAUUAUACAUCAUCUUCCCUAGAGUCAGAUUGGUUAAAGUCAAAAAUAAACAUUGUAUGCGUAGUAUUUGUAGAAAAAAUAAAACUAGCCAAAGCGAUUUAUAAUACAUGGAGUAAAAAUUGCAACAAGGUGUAUUUUUUUUCCCACAAGGUCACCGAUAGCGGCAGCGAUCCAUCGAUAGUAAAAUUAUCGGUAAAAAUUACGUCAUCGUGGCAACUACUUUGUGAAUCAUUGCACCACGUAUGGAAGUCUUUAAAUGACUCACUGCAAUGGGUGAUUGUUAUCAAGGACGAUACUAUGAUAUUAUUAGAAAAUUUAAGGUACUACGUCGCUCCGCUGGACUACAAUGAUGGCCAUUAUUUGGGACACCCGGUUGUUUUAUGGGGCCAAGCUUACAAUGUCGCCCAAGCUGGCUACGUUUUGAGCAGAGGAGCUGUUGAAAAAGUAAUUAGUCACUUUAAUACUCACGAAAAAUGCUUGGCGGGUGGUAAAUAUUGGAAACAAGAAGACUACUAUCUCGGCAAGCAUUUAGCCGCUUUGAAUAUUCAACCGUCUGAUACCAGAGAUCAUAAACUAAGAGAUAUAUUUCAUGGCUAUCCAUUACAAACUCUUCUAUGGGGCUUGAAUAAAUUAGGAAAUUAUUUUACAAGAGCAGUGUAUCCUAGUAGAGGAGAUUGCUGCUCUCCAAGGUCGGUUACAUUCAGUGUUCCUGAUGCAGAACGAUUGUAUACUAUCAAUUACUACCUUUAUCACUUGUUUGUACACAAUAGAGGAAUUUAUGGAAAUAAACCUGCUCCUACGCCAGUACCUGAACAAGAGGUUUGGAAAUUAGCAUUGAAAGACGAGUUUAAUAUUACUUAUUUUGAUAAUAUUACUAAUGAAGUGUACUACAAAAUUUGGAGGUUUAAAUAUGUUGACCCAAUAAAUUUGAAGCUUAUGACUAAUAAGGAGUAUAUCAAUGGGUCGGACAUCUUUGAAGCGCUUUGGAGUAAACAGGAAUCUGAAAGAGUUAAGCGUAAUUAA